UCAGAAUAACCUGCUCACCUUCAAAUGGACCGAGUGGAGACAGUGGUUCAGUCCUGCUGAUAUUUUUUAAGCCCUCCUCACAGUUUGAUGGGCAUUCCCAGUGCUUUUGUGCACGUCUCAGAGAGCGUUGACGUGGAAAGGAGCAGCGAGGAGGGGGAGGUUGGAGAAAAAAACUGCAGCUCUUCUAAAAAUACGGAGGGCAUGCAAGAGUGCGAGCAGGCUGGGGAGGAGGGUGAGGUGAGAGCGCCUCGCGCCAUGGUCCCCGGGUGCCGGCGCAGCGCAGUUUCGGAGAUGUCCCUCCUGUGACUGGACGCACCAUGAGCAUCUGGGAGGUGAUCCUGGCUUUCGUGGUGGUGGUGCUGAUGCUCGUGGCCCUGCUGGCCAAUGUGCUGGUGCUGAUGUGCUUCCUGUACAGCGCUGACAUCCGCAAGCAGGUCCCGGGAUUGUUCAUCCUCAACCUCACCUUCUGCAACCUGUUGAUGACCGUUUCGAACAUGCCCCUGACUUUGGCUGGGAUCAUUUACAAGAGUCAACCAGGAGGAGAUCAGAUCUGCCACAUUGUGGGCUUCCUGGAGACUUUCCUCACCACGAACUCCAUGCUGAGCAUGGCAGCUUUGAGCAUUGACAGGUGGAUUGCUGUGGUCUUCCCUCUAAGUUAUCACUCCAAAAUGAGGUACAGAGAUGCUGCUCUCAUACUGAGCUACACGUGGUUGCACUCGGUGUCGUUCCCGAUAGUGGCAGCUUCUCUCUCCUGGGUGGGUUUCCAUCACCUCUAUGCCUCCUGCACCCUGUACAACAAGAGACCAGAGGAUAGGACACAGUUUGUGAUUUUCACUGGGGUCUUUCACACCCUCAGCUUCCUCCUCUCCCUUAUAGUCCUGUGUUUCACAUAUCUAAAAGUGCUGAAGGUGGCACGGUUUCACUGUAAGCGGAUUGACGUGAUCACUAUGCAGACCCUGGUGCUGCUUGUGGACAUCCAUCCCAGUGUAAGAGAGCGUUGUCUGGAAGAACAAAAGAGACGGCGGCAACGAGCAACAAAGAAAAUAAGUACCUUUAUUGGUACUUUUAUACUUUGUUUUGCACCUUAUGUUAUCACAAGGCUUGUUGAAUUGUCCUCUGUGGUCCCCAUCAAUUCCCACUGGGGAAUCAUUUCCAAGUGCUUAGCUUACAGCAAAGUUGUUUCCGACCCUUUUGUGUACUCUUUGCUACGGAAUCAGUACAAGAAGACAUGGAAGGACAUCAUAAACAAGAUCCUCAAAAGAAGCUCCAUCAACUCCUCUGCCCUCACGAGUGAGUCGCACAACCAGAAUAUUUUGCAGCUGAACGAAUGA